AUGCCGUCUGUUUAUACCAUUCUGUACACUGCUUAUACCUUGUUCACUCUCCCCGCGCGUUUGUUGACAUGGUGGUUGUACUAUAUCCCCAAGUCCAACCGCCCCAAUCCGGCCUGGUCUUGGAAGACAGCGGUCACUCUCCAAGUGAUCAUCUUAAUUAUCCGAUACCAGACAGCUAUUAGAUACCGUACUCCUAAAUCUUUGGAGCCAGGCGCAGAGGGAGACCGGUUUAUUGUGCUGAAUCCACAAUCGACAAUCUCCGAUCCAAACCUGAAAACUGAAGCAGCGGUCUAUAAAGGAACACUGACCUCCGUCCCAUUGGUCAAACCUGUGCCCAUUGGUGCAGUCUGGUACCCAAAUACCCCUUCACAGCCGCCGCGCAGGCUCAUCAUCCAUUUUCACCCCAGUGCUUUUGUAUUCUUUGGUCCACGUCCUAGUGAUGGAGGCGGUUGGGGGCCCACGACAUUCAGUGAAAGCUCCGGGUGGCCGAUUCUUUCAGUUCAGUAUCGGCUCUCGUUGGACGCAGAUAAAACCUUUCCCGCUGCCGUCCAGGAUGGACUCACGGCCUAUAUUUACGCGUUAAAGACCCUCAAGAUUCCCCCUUCUCAGAUUGUGCUCUCCGGGGAGUCUGCAGGAGGGAAUCUCAUCUUGGCCAUCCUACGGUAUAUCACGGAGGAGAACCACGCCAUCCCUCUUCCUCGAUGCGCCCUGUUGUGGUCUCCCUGGGUAGAUUUGACCCAACGGGCUCUUAAAAGUUUGAUCAAACACCGGAACUCUAAAUCAGACUACAUUGAAUACGAGCUUGGGGUAUGGGGCGUGAGUGGCUAUAUCCCUCCUGGUUGGUCGGACGACCACCCAUACUUGUCGCCACUUGCAAGCGAGCAGAACUUGAAAUUGAGUGUCCCGCUUUUCAUCGAAGCGGGCACCUCGGAGGUGCUUUACGAUGACAUUGUGCAAUUCGCCCAGAGAAUGAAAAAGAAUGGCACAGAGGUGGAGUUGCACGAAGCUCUCAAUGGGGUUCACGCGAAUUUUGGAGUUGCCAAUAAUUUGGGCAUGCCCGAGGUUGCUAUAGAGGGCCAUGCGCGCGCUGCCAAAUUCAUCGCGAGAACGGGAGAAGAACUUGAAUGA